AUGGCAAACGCCGAUGUACUCGAUAUCCUUUCGGAUACCUUAACAUCAGGAAAUCGUGGAUCUGCGAAUAAGGAUGAAAUUAUACGAGAAAAAAAAAAAGGGCCAAAGAAGAGUAUACGUCGUCCAGAAGGAAUGAAACGUGAAGUGUGGAGUCUUAUCAAUCAAGAUGAUCGUGAAAGUGUUCCCAUUGUUCCUACAGAUACAAAAUCCGGUGGCAACUCUUAUGCAAGAUGGAUCAAGCAUUCCUCGAUGACAGUUCGUCCAUGGCAAUGGACUCCAUUCACGAAUUCAGCUCGUGGUCCAAACGAUACAUUCGUUCUCUACCAUUGGCAACACAAACUUGAUCCGAAUGAACCAGCACCGGAAUAUCCUUUUGCGAAGUUCAACAAACAUGUAGAUGUUCCAACAUACACAGAUACGGAGUAUGAACAAUAUUUGCAAGAUAAAGAUUGGAGUCGCGUCGAGACCGAUGCUUUGUUUGAUUUAUGUCGACAGUUUGAACUAAAAUUUUUGAUCAUACAUGAUCGAUGGAAUAAUAUUCUCUAUCUGGAUCGGUCUGUAGAAGAUUUAAAAGAAAGAUAUUACACAAUAUGUACUUCGCUUGAAUAUGCUCGAACAAAACGACAAACGGAUAAGUAUAAUUUCGACGCGGCGCAUGAACGACGACGGAAAGAACAAUUAAAUAAACUACUAAGUCGAACAAAAGCAGAAGAAGAAGAAGAGCUGUACUUGAUGAACGAAUUGAAACGCAUCGAAAGUGAACGCAAAGAACGCGAACGUAUUAUUUCCCAUGAUGUUCAAAAAUUUGUUCAACAGCAAGAUCCGCAUGUUACGAUUACUGCAACAACUCCUACCCAACGUACGACUCCAUCGUCGUCGAGACGAUCAUCUAUUAAUCAAGAAUAUCUUCAACGUCUCAACAAUUCGACAAAUCGAACUCCAACAUUACAACGAACUACGACAUUUGAGCCUCCAGUUGGAAUCAAAUUUCCAGAAUUUAAACGUCCCGGUGUAUUUCUACGUAGUCAACGUAUGAUAUUACCAGCAUCGAUUCCAAAUAAAAAAGCUGUAGUCAUCGAUCAAGUCUUGAAACAGUGUCAAUUAGAACGCAAUCCCAUGGCUUGUGAAGAAGUUGUCGAAGAAUUCAACGAUUUACGUUCGGAUAUUGUUCUUCUCUUCGAUCUUAAGAAUGCUCUGAAUUCAGCCGAAUAUGAAUUACAAACGUCAUUGCAUCGACUGAAGAGUGAAAAUGGACCUCUCAGCUCCGGUCCAACAUCAGCGCAACCUUUAAGUUCCGGCAGUGCGUCUUCAGCAGACAAUACAAAAACAUUCGAUUUUCUCUUAACACAGCCAAGUACACCGCUUGAUAGUGUUACAUCACCACGCCUAUCCGAUUCGUUUGAACCAUCGAACAAUGUUCGUUCAAGCACAAGUGAACGAAAACGUCGAGCUCUUUCGUCGCAAACAUCUACAUUAAAAAAGCGUGAUCGACAAGCAUAA